AAUCGUAUAACCUAAAAGUGAUUUUUUUUUAAUUCCAGCUGUUUGUGAUAACUUUUAUAUAUUUUUUUAAUUUUAUUUUGAUAUUUGGAUUAAUAUACAAGAAUCAUAAAAUGGAUGGCGGUAAUACAAAACCUCCAGGCAUGACGCCAGGCUGGAAUGAUCCCCCAAUUUUAUCACACAAUGUGAAAAGCAAUACAAAUAAAACAAACAAGUUAUCAAAUAAACGAGUGGCUUUUCCAAUUUCUAGCAAUUCUAACAUGCCUCAAAAUAUUCCUCAAAGUUCUCAGAUUCCUGCAAUGAUGCCACAGUCGCAACCUAUAUUUUGCAAUAUACAAAAUUUUAAGCAAUAUUUACAUGCUAGUAAAACUGAUCCUAGUAACUCUUUUGUAGCCGUUAAAUGGUUUACAUAG